GCACUGAGCCCCCCCACGCAUCCCGACCCCAUUGACCCCAGCUCGAUACUUCGACUCAUUGCCUCCCCAGCUCGGUAUUUUGACACCGGCACCACGGAGCCCAUCAGCUUCUUCCUGUCCAGCCUUGAGGAGCUGCUGGCCUGGCAGCCCAACAGUGAUGAUGACUUCAACAUCUGUGCAGUGCCGCUGGCCCAGCGCCAACCCCCACUGCACAGCCGGAGACCCCGCACGCUGCUGUGCCAUGACAUGCGUGGUGGAUACCUGGAGGACAGGUUCAUCCAGGGCUCAGCCACACGCAACCCAUAUGUCUUCUACCACUGGCGCUACAUCGACAUCUUCGUCUACUUCAGCCACCACACUAUCACCAUCCCACCUGUGUGCUGGACCAACGCGGCGCAUAGGAACGGCGUCCCGGUGCUGGGCACUUUCAUCACGGAGUGGAUGGACGGUGAGAAGCUGUGCGAGGCAUUCCUGGCAGGUGGGGAGGAGGCGUACCGUGCCGUGAGCCACCAGCUGGCCCGCAUCGCCCAGCACUACCGCUUUGAUGGCUGGCUGAUCAACAUGGAGAAUGCACUGAGCGUGGCAGCGGUGGGGAACUUGUCCCCCUUCCUGCGGCAUCUGACUGCGCAGGUGCACGGCGCGGUGCCAGGGGGGCUGGUGAUUUGGUAUGACAGCAUCCUGGAGAGUGGCACACUGAGGUGGCAGAAUGAGCUGAAUGAGCAGAAUAGGGUGUUCUUUGAUGCCUGUGAUGGGCUGUUUGUCAACUACAACUGGAAAGAGGAGCACCUGGAGCGUACACGUGAGCUGGCUGGGCAACGCCACGCUGACGUCUACAUUGGCGUCGAUGUCUUUGCUCGUGGGGACGUGGUUGGUGGUGGCUUUGACACCAACAAGUCACUGAGCCUGAUCCGCAAGUAUGACCUGUCUGCAGCCAUCUUUGCUCCUGGCUGGGUCUACGAACACCUGGGAGAGGAGAACUUCCUGCAGAAUGAGAACAAGUUCUGGGGUUUGCUGGAAGAUUACCUGCCCACGCACAGCAUUUGCAUGCUGCCCCUCGCCACCUCCUUCAGUGUGGGAAUGGGCACUGGCAUGUUCCUUGCUGGGAAGGAGGAAGAGGCCAGGCCGUGGUACAACCUGAGCGCUCAGGAGAUCCAACCCCUCUAUCCAGAGCGCCGGGGCCAACUGAGUACCAGCUGCUGCCUGCAGGAUGCCUGGUGUGGGGGCAGCUCCCUGCGGGUGCAGGGCACCAUCCCUCCUGGCGAGGAGCGCGUGGCCAUCCGCCUUUUCUCUUUCCAGAUGCAUGCACCUCCCAAGCUCUUCCUGAACCUGCUCUACAAGAUGGAGGGGCCACACGGGGAUGACUUCACGGUUGCUCUGGAGCUCACCACCUGGCACUCGAGCAGAUGCCAUGGUAGCACUGUCACUGUGCUGCCGAAUGAGGACGAGCCCCACAGCCGCCAUCACCCCCGUCUGCUCCCAGCCCCACCUCCUGCCCUCUCCAGGCUACUUGCUGCCUGCAGUCACGGUGCCCAGGGCUGGACCAGCCGGUGCUACGAGCAGGAGCUGCGGGGCUGCAGCCUGCGUGACCUCUCCCUGCUGGUGUCCAGACAGCAGGCCAGCCCACAGGAGACGAGCUUCAGCUGCCUCCUGGGGGAGCUCCGGGUGCUGGAUGCGGGCAGCGUGGCAGCCUCCCCACCGCAGGUGCAGAGCGUGACAGCCUCCCAGCUCUGGUGGCAGGAUGGCCCCAACGUUGAGCAGCUCUCCCUCAGCCUCACACUGCGCUGGGCUUUUCCUCCCAGGCGGGCUGCCUGCUUCCGCGUGCUCAGCCGGGGCACACGGUGCCGUGGCAGUGGAUGA